CAUAUACAACAACAACAAAAACAGCUCACUGCGAUAAGAAUUAACAUUAUCGUUUAGCGGUUCAUCCCAUUUCUUUGCCAACAAAAUACCAACUAUCAGCGAAUCUAAUACGUGUUCACAUCAUUAGAGUAUUGUAGAUUUGAGAUUGUAAUAUUUUCUCAUUUUACUUCAAUUUUUUGUUACGAUAUUUAAGUUUUUUUUUCAAAAUGGCUCAAGAACAAAUGCCUCCCAGAGAGUUCUUAUGGGACAUGUUUCAGAAAUUGGAUAAAGACAGAAGUGGUUCUAUUACAGCUAGCGAAUUACAGACUGCAUUAUCUAAUGGUACUUGGACACCAUUUAACCCAGAGACGGUUCGAUUAAUGAUGGCUAUGUUUGAUAAGUCAAAUAAAGGUACUAUAACAUUCGAUGAUUUUGGAGCAUUAUGGAAAUAUAUUACUGAUUGGCAAAACUGUUUUCGUUCAUUCGAUAAAGAUAAUUCAGGAAACAUAGACAGAAAUGAACUUCGAGCUGCAUUACAAACAUUUGGAUACAAUUUAAAUGAUGCUACUGUUGCUACAAUGUUACAAAAAUUUGAUAGACUUGGUAAAGGAACCGUACUUUUUGAUGAUUUCAUACAAUGCUGUAUUAUGCUUAAUAAUUUAACUACAGCAUUCCGUCAAUUUGAUACUGAUCAAGAUGGAGUAGUUACAUUACAUUAUGAACAAUUUGUUGGGCUUGUAUUUAGUAUUAAAUAAUUAUUUGUAUAAAUGUAAUUUAAUUU